GCGCCGGAAUCCUGAACUCGAGCUGCGGACGUUGGGGUGGCGGAACGAAGCCAAGCCGGAGCACGAGCCCCCGGGGAGGGUUGCUGUCAUGUGUCUGGAACCGGCGACAUGGCGAAUCAGUGGGGACAGCAGCACCAGGAGCACAAACUGUUAAUAGUCGGCUUGAGGGCUGACUGGGCGGUGAAUGGGGUUGGGGAGUGCAGCCCGGGUCCGGCGCCUUGUUUACCUUAGUGUGGCCGCCUGGCAGACUCCCGGGGUCGGCUGCUGGAGAAUACACCUCCCCGUCCCCUGCUUUCUUGGAGCCCCCACCUCGGGGUUUAUUAUAUUUUAAUAAAGAUGGCGGAGGAACCACAGGCUGCAAACUAAUGACUGUCAGAAACAUCGCUUCAAUUUGUAAUAUGGCCCCUCUCCACGGCGAACUGGGCCACGGUCUUCUCCACAUCUGCUGUCAGGAGGGCACCAAUGCCUCUGCUCUGGAGAAAGACAUCGGUCCAGAGCAGUUCCCAAUCAAUGAACACUACUUUGGUUUGGUCAAUUUUGGGAACACCUGCUAUUGUAACUCUGUGCUGCAAGCCCUCUACUUCUGCCGACCAUUUAGAGAAAAUGUACUUGCAUACAAAGCACAACAGAAGAAGAAGGAAAAUCUGUUGACUUGUUUGGCAGACCUGUUCCAUAGCAUUGCCACCCAGAAGAAAAAAGUUGGUGUGAUUCCUCCCAAGAAAUUCAUAUCUAGGCUACGUAAAGAGAAUGACUUGUUUGAUAACUACAUGCAACAAGAUGCACAUGAGUUUCUGAACUACCUGUUGAACACCAUCGCUGACAUCUUGCAGGAGGAGAAGAAGCAAGAGAAACAGAAUGGGAAAUUGAAGAAUGGAAAUGCAAAUGAAAUAGAGGAGAACAGUAAGCCUGAACCAACCUGGGUGCAUGACAUCUUUCAAGGAACACUCACUAAUGAGACACGAUGCCUGAACUGUGAAACGGUUAGCAGCAAAGAUGAAGAUUUUCUUGAUCUUUCAGUUGACGUCGAGCAGAACACAUCAAUUACACAUUGCCUGAGAGAUUUCAGCAACACAGAAACACUGUGCAGUGAACACAAGUACUAUUGUGAAACAUGUUGCAGUAAACAGGAAGCUCAGAAAAGAAUGUGUGUAAAGAAGCUACCCAUGAUCCUCGCAUUACACUUGAAGCGAUUCAAAUAUAUGGAACAAUUACAUCGAUACACAAAACUCUCUUAUCGAGUAGUGUUUCCUCUGGAGUUGAGACUGUUUAAUACAUCAGGCGAUGCUAUCAAUUUGGACCGCAUGUACGAUCUGGUUGCUGUUGUUGUUCACUGUGGCAGUGGCCCUAACCGUGGACACUAUAUAACUAUUGUGAAAAGCCAUGGCUUCUGGCUUUUGUUUGACGAUGAUAUUGUCGAGAAAAUUGAUGCUCAAGCUAUUGAAGAAUUCUAUGGUCUGACUUCGGACAUUUCAAAAAACUCAGAGUCUGGAUAUAUUUUAUUUUAUCAAUCAAGAGAAUAAAUUGUAAAGUACUGGCCUUGAUAAUCAGGUUUCAAGGAAGAUGCAUUUUGUAGUUAUGUGAAACGAUGCUGCUCUUGGGAAAAGGAAAUGUAGUUAACUGUUCAGCCCCUUCAGAUUAUUUCACCAAUUAGUUGGACUAUGGCUUUUCUAUAUUUCAACUGUUUGCCUUAGCUCCCUUGAAACCUAUUUCCAAUAGAAAUAUGUUUUCUGUUCGCACUCAUGCUUGCGUUCAAAGCUUUUUAUGGUGGUGAGGUUGGGAAGCAGGAAAGGUUUGAAGAAUUCCUGAUUUUCACAUCCCUUUCACUUUAAAUUGGCCUAGCUCUAAUUUUAAGAAUUUUCUUUUUACAAUGAUUGCAAAAGCUCUGUUUAAUUCUAUUUGUACCUACCUAGUUAGAUCCCAUUAUUAUUUUGCAUUCUUGAUUGUGAAUCCUCAACCUUUUAAACUUUAGAUAAUGAAAAAGAAGUUUAUGCAACCUGUCUUUAUAACUGAACUCUUUAAGUUCUGGAAAAUCUACAUUCCAUCUGCUAUGCUGUCUCUGAGCUCCAGUGACUAGCUCACAGCAUAUGUUAAGCUUAGAUUUACAUCUGUGCAGUCUCAUGGUUAUAUGGCACAAUUUCUAGAUCUCAAGUUUCAGAAGAUUGUGAUUAAUUCAACUGAACAUCUUGAAGUAGAAAAUAUCAGUCUCUAGCGAUUCGUAUCAUGAGUCCAAUUAUUUUCUCCAAUACCAUUUUUAAAAAAACAAUUCCUAGAUUAAAUCCAGUAAGUUUUUCCUUUAAACUUAUUGUGUGAUUAAAACUGAAUUUGUAUUUGACCUGUCCUUCCAUGAUGUACUAGAUAUAUUUUCCUAAGUUGGCCAUUUUCAUAUGUUCUUUCUAUUUUAAUAAAAACACUUGAAAUUUUCUUUUAGAUUCCAUUCAAGCUUUUUUACUAUUAGAUUUUUAUCUCCUUUUGUUGAUUUUUUUAGAGUCCCCUGGUAUUCUGGUUGACAAAUGAAAGGUGUACAGUACCUAUAAAUGAACCUUUUCUUAUCUGUUAGAAUUUAUUCUUGGAAUUCUGACAACAUUAAGGUUGAGCAUCAUCUGUCAAAGUUUAGCUGAUCUCGUAGUUCACUCAGUUUUUUCGUUUUCAUCUCAAGAAGUGUUGUUAAGUUCAGCAGUGAGAAGUUUAGUAUCAUUUGAAUUCCUCAGUCCUUCCUAGUCUCGCCCCUAAUAUCAGGUCUCCCUACUGAGCAUAGUUUAUCCCAUUGAGUUUUUGUACAAAGGAAUAUAGAUUGUUUCUCAUGGAUCACCAGAUAUAAAAUAGUGUAUCUGAGCCCUCAUUUUGAGGAUGCAACUCUUGAGAGAGCAGUUUUCCUCUGUAGCUGUGACAAUGACCAUCUUUGACCCAUGAUUUUUCAGGAAUCCUGUUGGUUGCUACUUAGUAGUUCUGCCUCAAGAACUCUUGAGAAUUGAAAUGGUUACAAUUGCCUUGCAAAAGGGCAAGCUUUAGAACACAAAAAUGUCUACAUGAUUAAGAAUGAUUCCAAAACACUAGGAAACCAGGCGUUCUUUCAUUUUCAUGGCUAACAUUUUUCCUUCAAACAAUACCAUAAAAGCAAAUAUUAUUUCAGCUUUUUGUUAAUGUGGAAUGAUGUCAAUCUCCAGAUAAACUGUUUUAGCUUACAUAAAUUAAUGUCGUCUAUGUUUGUGGUGUGCUAUGACAUUUCAGGUAUUUCAAUCUGAUUCAUUAUUGGCAAUAGUAAUUAUCACUUGUAGAAGUUGCUGAAUAUCACUUGUCUAACAGCUAAGGUUCUCUUUAUUUAUGUAUUGAAUAAGCUUACUUGAUCUAUGUAAACCAUUUCAAUUAUGUAUUCUUAGAAGACACUUUCUCCACAUUUCACACUGUUUGUGAACUUUGCCUUAGUUGAUCUUGCUUUGAUAUUCCAGAAAAGCCUGUGACCCUGAUCUUCUGUUGUGUUCUUUGAUCUCCUGUUGCAAUUUCAACUUUAUAUACAAAUUCAGCAGCCAUAACAUUUUUAGUCUCUUCCAAGUUUUUUAUCUCCAUUAAUAACUACUGAAAUUAUAAACAAUGGUAACAUAAGAUCUUCCAUUAUGCAAAUCAAAAUUGUAACCGCUUUCAUUACGAUAGAACUUUGUGUUAGUAAAAGAAUAGGCAUUUGUUGGACAGGCAAUUGUUUUGUAAGGCAAAACAGCUUGAGGCAAACUCGUGAUAAAGUGGAUAUCAGCAAAUUGAAUCGUAAAUUAUAUCUCUACAUAAACCGUCCAUUCUGAAAAAUACUGUUACUUGUGCAAUGGUAAUAUUAUCUAAAAUAUGAUUGGUUUAUUUUCACAAUAUCUCUAAGUCAACCAGUUGGAGUGACUUUCACACUUUUGCUCAUUGUCUUGAUUACAUAGUACAAACUGAUAUUAGCUCUGGUCAUACACAAUCAGUAUUUACAGUUUGCACUUCAUACCUCCAGUUUUUUUUUUAGAUUUUCCAGCUUUCUGUAAAUGUUUUUAUUUGGAAAAUGAAUGAAUUUUAAGUCCUAUAGAUAUGUCUUUCUUUUGUGUAGUUUUUUAAAAACUCCGUACAAAGGCACUGGAUAUUUUCAUCUUUGCACGCAUUCUGUCUUGAUACUGCAUCUAUAGGAAUUAAGGUUUGGAUCAGGAUGAAGCCUUAUAGUGGAUUGGGAUGCAGUGUCUAAGAUGGCCACACUUGGUAAAAGUUUGUUAGGCAGAUUAUCUGGUGUUUUUUACCCAGUUGAAUGGUUGAGCAUUCAUUUAUAUUUGUCAGUUGAACAAUCCAAUAUUGGUCAAUAUGUGCUAUAUAAACGUUUAACUGUUGUUUGGUGGAGCACCGGAUCUGAAACAACCUUACGAGGUCCCUGCCAGCAAAUCACCUGCACUAUUAUUGAUUUUGUAAAACAACAGUUAUAAAUUAUGGCUCUUGCCAAAAGUCUUGCUCAGGUUCAACUGAAAUGUCAAGUGACAUGGUGAGUAAGUGAUGGCUCAAGAUGAAAUUUUGGUCUCACGUGGCAGUCAUGUCAGUCAAUAUGAUUUAAUUUCACUAAUAUGCAUAACAGAAUAAUCACAGGACAGUACUAUUCAUACAAUCAAUAUGUAGUCUAUAAAUUCAGAAUUAGAAAAUAAGUCAAGUAACUCAAUUGAGAUACUGUAUUAGAUGUUGAAGAAAGAAUUGCAAAGUUGUUUUACUGAAUUUUUUUCGAUGAAAUUAUGAAUUAUUUGGGCCUAUGGAGCAUCUAAGCUGCCUUUUUGAAACCUUUGUUUGUAACUUGAUGUUUUGGGAGUUUAUCUGUAGGGAUGUGGAAUAAUGAUUUGGAUUUUAAAUAUGUUAGUUUUGAUAUUGGUAUGCAUACAUGCACUUGAGGAAUAUUGUUCGAAAUAGAGACUGUUUUCCCCCCAUUUGCAUCUAACUAAGAUGUGCCUGGCAACAUAUAUAUCAAAUAUUUGGCAGUGUAGGGGAAGGAGGAGGCAAAUAGCUGAGACUACCAUCUGCAAAGCCAGUUCUGAUAAGACUGAAAUCUGUACUUAUACCUUCUGUCCCACAUUAUAUUGAAGUAACUUGUGUAUUAAUUAUUUUGAUUCAGUUCAAAAUCUUGCCAGUUUUGCAUUUUUCUAUUGUACAUUCCAGCCACUGGUUGAUUCAUUGAGGUCUAAUAAUUAAUCAUCAAAGUUUUGCACUCAUCACUCAUUGGGUCUUCUGUUGUGAAGAUACAGAAAAACAGUAGUUUUCAGCUCCUUUAUAUUCACUCCUUUUUCUUUAGUGAAAAGGCCUUUUUGUCUAUUAAAUCUUUUGUUUGAAUAAUGACCAAUAAGGAAGUAAUUUGACAAAUCCAUCCUUCUGUCUUUACUUGUAGCUCUCCUGCUAGCAUGUCACCUUUUGAUUCAGGGUUUAAGUACAUUAUCGUGUUCAGAUGUUUGUGCCACAAUAUUGUUAAUGUUUGGUCUCAACAGUAUUUUUGUAUGAAGUCCUUUCCUUUUAAAGUGUGGGCAGCUUUGCUAUUUAUUGUAUUUCUUUCACUGUUAAAAGUUGGAACCUUAUGAUGUAACUCAAUGGCUGUCAUUGUUUUUAAAGAAAAUGGGUUAGUGCAAUUUGAAUGCAACAAGGCAAGGCACAUUUGGCAGGAACAAAUUGCUCCAAUUCAAUGCUAUCAAUGUAUCAAUGUUUUGCACCUACUAGCAAUAAUGUAAUUUCUAUAUGUGGUGCCAUGACUUGUAUAAUUGCCUUCCAAUCAAGACACACUGCAGUUUUUUUUUCAAAACCAUCUACGCCUUUUCGAGUGCUGAAGAAGGAUGCUGACUUUUUUUUUAAAAAAUAGUGAUCAAGUUAGCCCUUUAUGGCAAGGUACCUUUUUAAUGUACACACAUUUUAAAUCAAUCGAUAAUACUGCUGUCAUUGUUGCAAUAACAAACUAAAUGUUACAAUCUGAGGUUAAUUCAAUAUGAUUUUUAUUAGCACAUCUAUGUACUUGUCAUUCAGUGCACACUUUAUGU